UAAAAGAGUUAUUUGAUAAAGUUGAUGAGAUUAUUAAACUAAUGGAAGAUGAUAAAGCAGAUUACUUGGAAUCUCUAAAGCAACUAAAAGAAACACGAGUCAAAAUAUUUCAUGAAAUUGAGGAAGUACUUCAAGACAAACAAAAGGAUAUUGAUGCAUUAAUUAUAGUAAAUAAUGUUUUAUCAACAGAAUCAAAUUAUUAUAAGACACAUUGGCUUUCAAAAUUAUUUGAUGAAACAUCUGACUGGUUAAAAGAUCUAAUUAUUGAUUUUGUUGACCAACAUACACCUGAACCACUUAAACAAUUCACAAAAAUUUCUGUA